UGGACGUGUAUUAAUUGGGCGAAGAGUGUUUUGUCGUGUUCGUUGAUUUCAGUGAUGCUUAGAUGUCUUUAAUAUUCUUCGAUACUCGAACAGUUGAUUGGACCUUUGUUCGUCAGAAAUCGUUCAAGUUUUGAAUUUUUAAGUUGUUGCCACGUUUUUUCAAGUCAAGUUAAGUUGCGUACACGUCGUAUUUGAUAAUCUUCUAAUGUGAGUUUACUUCACUGGAUUUCAACGGAAAUUUUUAAUUUCUCUUCGGCAUUUCCGGGAGAUUGUCUCGACUCUUUAAACUCUCUACGCGCAUUGAGGCACAAGUGAACGCCGCAAAAUAUUACAUUAUAUCGAUAACGUAUUUAGACUAAACGUGUCAGGUUUCACAAAAGAGUUCAGAAAGAGUUGCAAAAAGGAUGUUAGGUUUGUUGACUAAUAUUAUUAGAGUGCGGUAGCCUUGCACGUCGCGUGUCUGCUCGCGUUAUGUAAUCUUGUAUAUGCCUGAUUUGAAGCUGCACAUACAUAGGAAACGUAUGUACUGUGCUUUGUGAAAUUAUUCGUUACAUUUUGCGCACGAUGCCGUCGCCAGUUUCGACAUGCCGCGGCAUUUCUGUUGUCAAAUGUGCGCGUAUACUCGAGAAAAACGGACGCGCGUAUGCUCCUCCAAUCGUCAAACAAUGUUCUUUAAAGGAUAUAUUGACAAGAUCGACAGGAAAUAAAUGAGAUUACCGAAGAAAAAUCAAGUCAUCUUUGUUUGUUAUAUGUGUGCUGUAAUUCAAAUAUUGCAUAUAUUGCAAUAUUUGCAAUAUGCAAUAUUGCAAAAUUGAAAUGCAUACAUUUCAUAUAUUGCAAAACUGAGGCAGAAUAAACGAAAUCAACAAAGAGAAAUCAAGUCAUCGUCGUUUGUGAUUCGUGCUGUGAUAUCAUAUAUUGCAAGAUCGAGAUAGAGUAAGCGAAAUCGAACAGUCGCAAACGAGAUCGAAUCAUCGGCAUUUGUGACUUGUGUUGUAGUUUCAUAUAUUACAAGACUGAGUAAGCGCGAAAUAGAACGGACGUAGACGAGAUUGACGAAAAAAAAAAUCGAAUCAUCUCCUUAUUGUGAUUCGUGUCGUAAUUUCAUAUAUUACAAGAUCGAGACGAAGUAAAGGAAAUCGAACAGACGCCGAACGAGGUCGACGAAGAAAAAUCGAGUCCACCACUUGUGAUUUGUGUUCUAAUGUUGUAAUUGAAAAUGAACAAAGAGCGGCCGUAAUGAGUAACGCGGCUAACGCGAGUGAUGAUGAUGCAAGCAACGAGGAAGGUUUCGAUUAAAUGAGAAACUGAAUGGAAGAUAGAGUCGAACAGCCCGCUUUCUAAAAACGAACGACGUCCGUCGCGGCGACGGAAAAUACAGGCGACACGCAAUCUAUCUUUCGCGGAGGGUGUGCGUGAGUAUCGCGCGACGUGACACACGUACUCUCGGCGCGUGUUUCUGCGUAUGCAUAUUUUUCACAUCUACCCGUUACCUUCUCGUACCUCUCUCGGAGCACGUUUCUCCUUUCGAAUUCUGUUUACGGAUAUUAAUUCAUCGUAAUGCUUCAAGGCGUCUGAACGUUAACGAGCAUGUCGUUUGUUAUUUGCCGCGGAUGCGAUUGCUCACGUUUAUACGCUAUCUUGCGCAUGCCACGCUGAUAGAGAGAAUGUGCGUGUAGGGACGGUGAAUCGCGCACGAAGCUCGUAAAACGAUUUCGAAUAAAUAUCAAGCAAGAUCGAAACGUAAAACUGUCUAAUGCCGCCAAGUAACGGCCGCCUCUCGCUAUUUACAGUGUGACACGAUGGCGCGUCAUGGCUGUUUCACGAACGAGUGUCGAGCUGUAUUCUCGCACGAUAUAAGCCGAGAAUCGCGCGGAACCGACGCGGCACGACCUUGCAACACCGCGGCAGAGAGCAUGUCGACCGCGAAGAGGAAGACGAAAACGAAAACGGUCCCGCCGGACGGCGGAUGGGGUUGGGUGGUUCUCUUCUCCGCUCUCGUGGUCAACUUUCUGAUCCCGGGCACGGUCAAGUCGUUCGGCGUGCUCUUCGUCGAGUUCUUGCACGUUUUCAAGGCGUCCUCCACGGCGGCCUCCUGGAUGCCGGCGUUAUGCUACUUUCUGUACAGCUCGUUAGGUCCUUUAUCUAGUAUUCUGUCGACCAAGUACUCCUACAGGACAGUGACCCUCAUUGGCGGUACCUUCGCAGCUAGCGGGAUGAUGUUAAGCUAUUUCGCCAAUUCAGUUACCUACCUUUACGUCAGUUACGGACUCAUGGUCGGAAUUGGCGCUGGAUUAUCAUUUCCACCGACGGUUUACAUCGUUACGUCGUACUUUGAGAAGCUACGGGGUGUAGCGAACGGCUUAUGCAUAUCUGGCAGCGCAAUCGGCACUAUAGUGCUACCGCCGUUACUGCAAUAUCUUUUGGAUUGUUUUGGAUAUAGAGGAGCGGUACUCAUCAUGGGUGCGAUCACGCUGAACACUCUGGUCUGCGGUCUCUUGUAUCACCCGGUUGAGCAGCACAUGAAAACCGUAGUCUUAGACGAGGGUAUCGACAACGAAGCACUGACUCUCGACGAACCCGUCGACAGGAAGCAAGAGCCGGACAAGCGAACGGGAAUCAGUGUCAAGUUUGACUCGAGUUUUCCAGAUGCGCACAACGACGACGACAAACGGAUGUAUAAGCUCUCGGAUCUUCAGCACAAUGUGGUGUUGCAGUCGAUCAAUGAGAAAGCGUCUUGCAAGCCUGAGGAGAAUCUUGCUUACGAGGAGGAUGAUGAGAAAUGUACGACUCCGAAAGUACAGUGCGACACAGAGAAGAAGGAUCUAAUUUCUCGAAUACAGGAGGACACCCCGCGGAAAGAUACUCCGGACGCGGACGACAUUCGCGCGACGAUCUGUUUAAGUCUCGCUUCAAAAGACGAUGGACACGGCGCAGACAGUGGGGAUGGCGAAAACGGCUCAGACGCGUUGAAUUUGUCGCGUCGGAACAACACUCUUCGAGGCAGCAAGACGCAAUUCGAUUCUUUGAAAGGCGCGGAGAACCACAAAGAAGAGAGUAACGGAAGAUACGUCGAGGAGUCCAAGCGAAGCGACGUGUGUUCCAAGUCGUCGAAAGAGGCGGAUAAGAGCGAGAAGACGCGCUUCUUCGACUUGAGCGUGCUGCAGGACCCUAUUUACUUGGUGAUCCUGAUUUCGAACUCCACGUCGGCCAUUAGCAAUACGAACUUCAUGAUCUUGCUGCCUUCUUACGCGAUCGCCGAGGGUUUCGACAAGAAUUCAUCCGCCCUGCUCCUGUCCAUAGUCUCCGCGUUGGAUCUAGUCGGCCGAAUCGGCGGAGCGUCUUUAUCCGACAUUGACUUCAUACCGAAGUAUUACUAUUUCGUGGGCGGACUCGGCACCAGCGGCAUCGCUCUGGCGUUGCUGCCUAUGGCGACUAGUUACACCAUGCUGUCGUUCUUCUGCGGACUCUUCGGCCUCUCCUCGGGCAUGUACAUCGGCAUCACCACGGUCAUCUUGGCGGACAUGCUGGGGACGGAGAAGCUCAGCUCGUCCUACGGCAUAUCGUUGUUCGUCAACGGCGUCCUACAACUCGUCGGGCCGCCUGUCUGCGGCAUCAUCUUCGAGAACGUGCUCUCCUACAAGCCGAUCUUCUUAGCCUUCGGUAUCAUCUUGAUUCUAGGAACCGCGCUCUGGGCGGCGGUGCCAAUUAUCAAGAGGAACAAUAAGAAGGAUCUAGAGGCGAUAUGAAAAAUUCAGUUGUACCCUCCGGCGAGUGUUCCCGACGAACUAACUUCUCAAGUGAGUGCUUUGUGUUUUUGGAAGACUUUAUUGUAUUACAAGUUUUACAAGGACCUAUUUUAGAUUGUUGGAUUUAAACGGGAUCGCCGAUGUAGGCGAACGAAUAGACGUGUAACGGAGACUCGUUGGAAACUAAACUAUAGUUAUUGGGAGCAGGACGAACAGUUCUGAAUUUUGUCAGAGUUCCGUUGACGAACUAUAUGUUGCUUAAAAUAAAGGAGACUUUCAAGUA